GUCCUUGGCGCCAAGAUGGCGUUGGAGAUGAGGCUCCCAAAAGCUCGCAAACCUCUCAGUGAGAGCUUGGGCCGCGACUCUAAGAAACACUUGGUGGUGCCGGGGGACACGAUCACCACGGACACAGGCUUCAUGCGGGGCCAUGGGACAUACAUGGGGGAAGAGAAGCUCAUUGCGUCUGUGGCCGGCUCUGUGGAGAGAGUGAACAAGCUGAUCUGUGUCAAAGCCUUGAAAACCAGAUACAAUGGAGAAGUCGGAGACAUUGUUGUGGGGAGAAUCACAGAGGUUCAACAGAAGAGGUGGAAGGUAGAGACCAAUUCCAGGCUGGACUCCGUCUUGCUCCUCUCGUCCAUGAACCUGCCUGGGGGAGAGCUGAGGAGAAGGUCUGCGGAGGAUGAGCUGGCCAUGAGAGGGUUCUUGCAGGAGGGCGACCUCAUCAGUGCAGAGGUCCAGGCGGUGUUCUCGGAUGGAGCUGUUUCUCUGCACACAAGGAGCCUGAAAUAUGGAAAGCUAGGUCAGGGAGUUUUAGUCCAGGUCUCGCCUUCUCUGGUGAAAAGACAGAAGACUCAUUUCCAUGACUUGCCAUGUGGUGCCUCAGUGAUUCUGGGUAACAACGGUUUCAUCUGGAUCUACCCGACACCUGAGCACAAGGAUGAGGAUGCUGGGGGCUUCAUUGCUAACUUGGAGCCGGUAGCCCUUAGUGAUCGAGAGGUGAUCUCCCGGCUUCGGAACUGUGUAGUCUUGCUGGUAACUCAGAGAAUGAUGCUGUUCGACACCAGCAUCCUGUACUGCUAUGAGGCCUCCCUUGCGCAUCAGAUCAAAGAUAUCUUAAAACCGGAAAUAAUGGAGGAGAUCAUGCUGGAAACACGCCAGAGGCUUUUAGACCAGGAAGGAUGAGGCCGAGAGCAGAAGGAUGGGACUGUGCACCUCUCUGGGCCAGUUUUGGGAGUGAAAAGUCUGCUAUGUGGUCCCCAGGGAGCAGCUGACAAACACAUUGCUCACCUGCAGUGGGGCUGCAGAGCCGGGCCUGUCCUGUUCUGAGACAAAGCUAGGGGGAGGUAAAUGGUGGGUUGGGCUCUUGGGUCCCAGUAGUUUUAGGUCUUUCAGAGCACAGUGCCCCGGCCUGAUGAUGACUUAUCUUGGAAUAACUUGGAGAAUUUAUGACUUCCAAUCACUCCACACAAUGUAAUGCCCCAUGAAACUGUCCUGGUAGAAAACAUGGUGAGCUGGGAAUGUAUCUCAGGAAUGGACCACUUCCUAACGUGUAAGUUCCCAAGUUCCAUUUCCAGCCCUACCCCAACUCCGGAAAAAAAAAAAAAA